CAAUCAACUUCUAACAAUCCAACCUUCUUUGCUACAAAGAAAAGACCUUAAACUUCUCAUAUCAAGAAACAAAAAUGACGUUCAACACGAAGCUUCUUUUGGCCAUCUGCUGCGUCGCAUUGGUCUUCACUCUUGUCUCUGCAAACAUUUCCAAAGAAGAGAUCGAUGGCUUCCUCGAGGAGCAUAACAAGGCUCGUAAAGAGGUCGGCAACAAACCCCUUAAGUGGAACACGACCUUGGCCCAGUAUGCCCAAGAAUAUGCCAACAAAAGAAUUGACGACUGCGCUAUGGAGCACUCAAGGGGGCGUUGGGGUGAGAACUUGACCUCUGGCGACGGCAUGACCGGCGCAGCUGGCACUAAAUAUUGGGUCACCGAGAAAGAGUUCUAUGACCCUAAGUCCAACAAAUGCGUCAAAGACGAAUGUGGUCACUACCUUGCUGUGAUCUGGGGCAAAACCACCGAGGUCGGAUGUGGCAUUUCAAAGUGCAAGGAUGGAAAGAACUACAUCGUUUGCAGCUACGAUCCCAUGUACCAGCCCGAGGAUGAGCGCCCAUACUAGACGAUGUAUGUACGCACACCUACAUGAGGCCUGUUAAGAGGUCCCAUGUUUUUUUAUUUAUUCUUUUGCGAAAUAUUUAGAAAAAUAAAAUGUAACGGGUGUAUACGAAUGCUUCCCCACACUCAUAACUUUCCUUCACGUGACUAGCACUUGAUAUGGAAUUGUGAGAGGUUACAAGAGAAUGAAUAAAAAAAUGAAAAAGAAUAAUAUUAUUUCAUUUUUGUAAAUUGUAACCAAAAUAUUAUGUCAUUCUCUUUAUGUUUUUUCGGUCAA